AGUAUUUUUUCUUAUCUCAGUUACGAGUAAUGUAUUAUUUGUAAACACUACACAAAUCGCGUUUACAGAACAAGAUUUUACAUUUUUUCUUGAUUUUAUAAAAAUUACAAAUGGAUUUUGAAGAAUCAUUUAUGAAUGCUCAAGAUUUUGAUGGUCUUGUACAAGUAGAACAAGCUCAAGAAAUGAAAGAAGGUACCACUCCACCAACAGUAACUAACAAACGUGGUCGAAAGCCUGGCAAGAAAUCUAGUGACAAAGUUGAUAUAAAAGCUAAAUUAGAACGUAGCAGACAAAGUGCUCGUGAGUGUCGAGCUAGAAAAAAGCUACGCUACCAAUACUUAGAAGAAUUGGUUACUGAUCGUGAAAAAGCUGUUUUUUCAUUAAGACAAGAACUUGAUAAGUAUCGUUUAUGGUGUCUUGAAAUAGAUGAAGGAAGAAUUCCUGAAGGAUUACCAGGGUUGUUGGAGGAAUUUGGAGCCGUCAAACAGGAGUCGGUUAAUAUUCUUAAUAUGUGAUUAUUUGUUUUUAUUUUAUUAUUAUAUGUGCCAUUUUCCUUCUGCAUCUAUUUGUUUUACAAAGAUAAUUUUUUUAUUACUAUAUAACUUUGUAUUUAAGAAACAUUUUUGAUUAUAAUUAUUAAAAAUUGUACACAAUUGUUGAAAUUUCUGACAUUUGUGUAACUAAUGACUGUUUCAUGCUCAUGGAGUUAUCAUAUAUUGAUCAUGGAGUAAACAACUAAAUUGUUUUUUUCCAAGAUUUUUUAUUUUUUUGGUUAGGUUAAUAAUAUUAGUUAUACUUUGUGUUUAUUUUUGAUAAUUUAAAAAUUUAUUGAUAUAAAUUUGUGUAAGUUACCCUAUUGUAUGUUUAGAGAAAAAUAUUACAUUUCUCAAAGUUAUUUUAAUAAAAGUCAUUUAUUUAUA